GGAUUCAAUGUAACCACAAAGUUCUCCGCACUCAAAGUACCUCCACAGAACGAGCAAUAUCUUAACGGGUAGCACUAGGGGGUACCGCCCGAUGUUCUUGGUAACGUUCGUGCCUGUAGGUCAGCAUGUGGACCUCUAACCAUCCAGUGUGGGCGAGCCUUGUUUUUGCCUAGCCCGCAUGGAAAACUUUUGGAGGCGAUUAAAGAUGUGGUAUAUGUUGCUAAGAUACUGAAUCACGCGGUGAGUCUGUUGGGACUCAUUUACUACCAGUCGCAGGGCUGAGCGACUGUGAAGUGAGAAGCGUUGGGUGUGGUUGUGUCUACCCCGCGAUAUCGGCGUCGGCGUUUGAGCCCCACGCAUCUCACGUUGGAUUUUCUGAUCUGGUCGACUUUUUUUGAGCAUCUGACAAAAGACCAUCGCGUCCAGCUUUUGGCGCUCUGCACACAAGAUGUCGACUUAUAUCAAGAUCCCGUGCUCUUCAGCCAACAUCGGCCCCGGUUUCGACGUUAUCGGCCUUGCGCUCAACCUUUACCUGGAGCUGGAGGUCACAGUGACGCGCAAGGCCUCCUCAGAGCAUUCACUCAAUUGCAAGAUCACGUACGAAGGCGUUGGCGCUGAAGAUGUCCCUCUGGUCGCUGAAAACAACCUCAUCACCCGAACCGCCGUAUACGUCCUCCGCUGUCAAGGCAUCCGCGAAUUCCCCGCCGAAACCCACCUACAUGUCAAGAACCCCAUACCGCUGGGACGAGGCCUGGGAUCUUCGGCAGCGGCUAUCGUUGGAGGAGUAUACUUGGCGAACGAGGUGGGCAACUUGAAGCUGAGCAAGGCGCGCAUGCUAGACUACUGUCUCAUGGAAGAGCGUCACCCGGACAAUGUCGCAGCGGCACUAUACGGAGGAUUUGUCGGCACAUAUCUAAACGAACUCUCACCUGAAGAUUCCGAGCGCCUCGAGAUUCCCCGUAGCGAAGUCCUACCGCAGCCCGCAGGCGGCGUAGAUACCGGUCUGCGGCCACCUGAGCCACCCCUCAACAUUGGGCACUACACCAAGUUCAACUGGUCACCCGCGAUCAAGUGCAUAUGCAUAAUACCCCAGUUCGAGGUUUCGACGGCAAAGGCACGCGCCGUGCUACCAGAGUCAUAUUCGCGCAAAGAUGCCAUCUUCAACAUGCAACGAUUGGCCGUCUUGACGACUGCACUCGGGAACCCUACGCCAGAUCCCAAUAUGAUCUACACAGCUAUGCAGGACAAACUCCACCAGCCGUAUCGCAGUGGGCUGAUACCUGGUCUCACGGAGAUCCUUCAGUCCGUCACCCCGCAGUCACAUCCCGGUCUGCUCGGCAUCUGCCUUUCAGGUGCUGGACCUACCAUACUUGCGCUGGCAACGGAGAAUUUCGAUUCAAUAGCAAAUCACCUUCUAGAGGAGUUCAAGAAGGAGGGUAUCACGUGCGACUGGAAGCUCCUCGCGCCGGCUGAGGAAGGCACCACCGUCGUACGACCAUCGACCACAAGUUCAAGCACUGGGGAAGCUUUGACCUACGCCUCGUCCGGCGUCAGCAUUGAUGCCGGCAACCAACUCGUGAAGCGCAUUAAAGCAUCGACGGUUAGCACAAGAAGACCUGGAGCGGACGGCGAGAUUGGUGGCUUCGGUGGACUGCUCGAUCUGCAAGCGGCUGGCUACACAGAGGCGCCCAUCUUGGUGGGUGCGAUCGAUGGCAUCGGGACCAAGGUCAAGAUUGCGUUCGAGAUGGGCAAGCACGACACCGUUGGUAUCGAUCUCGUCGCCAUGAACGUGAACGACCUUGUCGUGCAAGGUGCCGAGCCUUUAAUGUUCCUCGACUACUACGCCUGCAGCAGGCUCGACGUAGAAGGCGCUGCCAAGUUUGUCGAAGGUGUAGCCAACGGCUGCCGACAAUCCGGUGCUGCCCUCGUUGGUGGUGAAACAGCAGAGAUGCCAGGUAUCUACAAAGAAGGCGAAUACGACGCAGGUGGUGCAGCCAUCGGCGCGAUAAAGAAAGGCGCGACCAUCCUACCAGACAUGGCAUCCAUGGCAGAAGGCGACGUUCUCCUCGGUCUGGCCUCCAGCGGCGUCCACUCCAACGGCUUCUCGCUCGUCCGCAAAAUUGUCGAAACAAAGGGCCUCUCGUUUCACGACGCUUGUCCCUGGAGCGAAGGUGAGAACAUCGGGACUGCGCUCCUCACUCCGACAAAGAUCUACGUCAAGCCGCUGCUAGCUGCAGUGCGGAGGGGCUUGAUCAAGGGUAUGGCCCACAUUACGGGUGGAGGCUUGCUAGAGAAUAUUCCUCGCAUGCUACCGAAGACCCUAGCUGCCGAGCUUGAUGCGAAGACGUGGCCAGUCCCGGACGUGUUCAAGUGGCUGAAGAGUGCGGGUCGGCUUGAGCCUACUGAAUUUGCUCGAACAUUCAAUACGGGGCUGGGGAUGGUGCUUGUGGUUAGUCACGAGAACGUCAGGACGACCAUGGACAGACUGCAGGAGCAUGGAGAGCAAGUAUUUGUUGUCGGCCAGCUGGUCAAGAGAGCUGACGAGGACUGCAUCGUGCGAAACAUGGAAGUGUGGGGAUGAGGAACCGCUUCUGCUUGAGUAUUGGCAGACAAUAUUUUGCUAGUGUUUGGCUGUGGACAUUCCCUCGGGACGUCAGGAGUACGGACCACCAGGUGGACUAGUGGUCGCUGGGCCCACCAGGCAGUCGAGAGCAGCCUGCUUUUCUUCCCUCUGUUUUAGAAAUGCAUGAUCUAGGCGUUGAAUCUUGACGUAUCCGGCGUGCAGGACGGUCUUGGGGGAUGCGAUUGGAAGUCAAAAGUCAUAUACGGUGCACGUAGUUUAUGUUAUUAGCUGCUUGGGGAGGAUGCGUGAUGGCAGCGGAGGACAAGUUCGUCUUACCUUUUUAGGCAUUAGGGCAUCGGAAAACACUUAUACCCACU